GCACUGGGCACCCUGAGUCAAAGGCUGCUCGGGGACCCAGGUGUGGAUUCUCGGAGGACGCAUCCCCGUGCACACACACCGGGUGUUCCGUGACGCAGGCAUCCUGAGGAGCAGCCAUGGCUGUGUUGUACCCAUCUCUGGAGGAUCUGAAGGUGGACCAGGCCAUCCAGGCCCAGGCCAGAGCCAAGCCCCCGACUCCUGCCCUGCUGAUCCAGGGAACAGCUACUUUCCAGGCUCCAGUUCUCUACCCAAACCUGGCAGAACUGGAAAAUUAUAUGGGUCUUUCCCUCACCAGCCAAGAAGUCCAGCAGAACCUGCUUCAGACUCCAGAUGGUGAUUCUGUGAGCGUGUCGAGGCAGGGGCCUGGCCUGAUGGUAGCGCCGGUGUCAGGGAAUAGUUUGGGCGUGCGGCGAGCAGAGAUCAAGCCGGGGGUGCGCGAGAUCCACCUGUGCAAGGAUGAGAGGGGCAAGACGGGGCUGCGACUGCAGCCCAUCGACCAGGGCCUCUUCGUGCAGCUGGUCCAGGCCAACUCACCCGCGGCCCUGGUGGGGCUGCGCUUUGGGGACCAGAUCCUGCAGAUCGAUGGGCGUGACUGUGCUGGGUGGAGCAAGGACAAAGCCCACCGGGCCAUAAAGAAGGCAUCCGCUGAGAAGAUCGUCAUGGUCGUCCGCGACAGGCCCUUCCAGCGGACGGUCACCACGCACAGGGACAGCACCGGCCACCUGGGCUUCGUCAUCAAGAAGGGGAAGGUGUGCUCGGUGGUGAAGGGCAGCUCGGCCGCCCGCAACGGGCUCCUCACCAACCACUACCUCUGCGAGGUGAACGGGCAGAACGUCAUCGGGAUGAAGGACAAAGAGAUUACAGAGGUUUUGGCUGCCACGGGGCAGGUCGUGACCCUGACCAUCAUCCCCACUGUCAUCUAUGAGCACAUGGUCAAAAGGCUGUCGCCGACCCUGCUGCAGCACACCAUGGACCGCUCUGUCCCUGACGUCUGAGCCCCCCGAAGGACAGCGUGCUGGGAGCCGGGGCUCGACCUGCUGGACUCAACAGGCCGCGGGGUCCUGGCCGGAGUCGGGUCAGGCUGCGGCCAU